AUGUAUGAACAGGAUGUUCAAGAUAAAGAUAUUCAUAAGUAUAUUUUUCAGUUUAUGCCCAAAAUAAGUAGCGGUCUAGAUCAUUAUGCAUGUGUUGCUUAUUAUAAAAAUAAACCAAGUUUAUUUACUUGGGGAGUAAAUAAUUGUAAUCAAUUAGGAUUAGAUAUAAAUAUCAGAUAUGUAAAUGACCCUACUGUAGUUUCUUUUUUUAAUAGUUUCAUUGUUUCUUCAAUAUGUUGUACGAAUUAUUCAACUUUUGUUUUAGUAAAGAAAAAUGUUAAUGAUAUAGGUUGUUCAAUUUAUUCCUUUGGAAAGGGGAAUAAUGGCUUGUUAGGUUAUAAGAAAAAAAGAGAAUUACCUAAUAUUUUAGAAGAGGAAGAAAAAAAAAAGACACAAAAAAUGAAAGAACAAAUGCUACAACAAGUAAACGAUCCAAUUAAUAAAAUGGUGUUGGGUGCCUUUGGAAUAAAGAAAAAGGAAAAAAAAAAAAAAAAAAAAAAAAAAAAAAAUAAUAAUAAUAAUAAUAAUAAUAACAAUAAUGACGAUGAAGAAAAUAAAGCAAAUCAUAUUAUUAAUCGACAUGAUGAAAAAUCCAUACAAAAUCAAAAAUUUAUUUACAGUGAAGAUAAUUUUAAGAAUGAUAUAAAUUUCCAAAGAGAGAAAAAUAUUUAUGAUGAAUACAAUAUGUCUGGUGAUGAAAGUCUUUUAAAUUUUGAGGCAGAUAAUAUUUCAAGCAUACAAAAUGAUGACACAAAAAUGGAUGAAGAUGUAUAUAAUAAAACUAUAAAUGAUGAAAUGAAUGAAGACACUCAUUUUGAUAUUGAUGAACAUAAUAAUUAUAAUGAUGAAAAAAAAAAGGAAAAAAUUAAUAUAUAUAAAAAUAAAGAAAAUUUAUAUUCAGAUAUAAAAGAGAAUGAUAAUAAACAUGAUUGGUUUACUCCAUUUCCUAUGAAAAUUAUUUUCCCCAAAAAAAAUACAAAAAUAAAAUUUAUUUCUUGUGGUGAUAUGCAUACUUUGGCUAUCUGUACUAGUGGUGUUUUAUAUGCAUGGGGUUAUAACAAUUUUGGUUGCAUAGGAAAUGGAACGAAUCAAAAUGUAUAUGAGCCAACACCGAUAUUUUUAGAGUCUCCUUAUAUUGACAGUGAUGAUAAUAAUAAUGAUGAUAAUAAAAAUAAUGAUGGUGCUUACAAAUUUCAUAAAAAAAAAAAUUCUAUAGAAGGGGAUAGAAAAAAAAAUGUAGUCAUUCACUGCUCAGCAGGAAGUAAACAUAGUCUUGCUUGCAACUUAGAAGGACAUAUAUAUAGUUGGGGUUAUGGAGGUAAUGGUAGGUUAGGUGUUGGUAAUAUAAAAAGUUAUAAUAAGCCUCAAUUAAUUAAAGGAUUAAGAAAUAAAAGAAUUCUUUAUGUAUGUGCUGGGACAUCACAUUCAGGUUGUAUAGAUUCUAAUUACAAUGUAUAUACAUGGGGUAAUGGCAAAUUUUAUAAAUUAGGACAUGGUAAUGAUGAUAUAGAUAUAUAUUAUCCAAAAUUAUUAGAAUGUUUAAAUCAUAAUAAAAAAAUAUGUAUGUUAAGUUUUGGUUGUUUUAAUUCUUUAGCAUUAAAUAUUAAAGGAGAUGUAUAUGUAUGGGGCACAUUUAAUAUAACAAAUAAUUAUGUUAAUUAUUAUAUAUCCAAAACACCUAAGCAAAUUAAUACAAAUUAUAAAUGUGUACUAAUACAUGCUUCUACAUAUGCAUGCUUUGGUGUUACGCUAGUAGGUGAUUUAAUUACCUUUGGGAGUUAUAAAAACUAUACAUAUACAAAAGAAAUAAAUGACAAUGAUUCAGAUGAUGAUUUAAUAAAAUAUUUAAUAAAUAAUCAAGACGAAGAAGAACAAUAUCACAAUGGAUAUUAUAAAGGUAUAGACAGAAAUAAAAAUGGCAUAAUAUCAUCAUAUAUUCAAAAAAAAAAGGAUGAACAUUUUGAUAUACAUUAUAUAAAAGAAAUGAGAGGGAAGAUGUAUAUAAAAGAUAUUUUAGCUCUUUUUUAUAAGUUAGAUAGUAUGACAUAUUAUCAAAAUAAAAUAAACAAACAGAUUGACACUGCUAUUACAUUGAACAAUAAUAAUAAUAAUAUUAAUAAUUAUUAUUAUGAUUCGUAUGAUAAUAUGUGUAGUCCAUAUGCUGUUAACAUGUUUGAAAAUAAAAAACUUGUAUUAAAAUCUAAAGUCAAAAUAAUAGAUGGAAGUGAUCAUUUUAGUGUUUUUUUAUUAGAAAGUGGGAAGGUAUAUACUGCUGGUUAUAAUAAAAAUGGAGAAAUAGGAAAUGGAGAAUUUAAUUUAAAGAAAAAAUUUGGAGUACCAGUAUUAUUAAACAUAUGUGUAAAUAAAAUAAUAAAAAUUGCAUGCGGAUAUAAUUAUGUAUUAUGUUUAAGUGAUAUGGGUUUAGUAUAUGGUUGGGGUAAAAAUGAUAAGAGUCAAUUAGGAAUUGGUGUAAUAAAAGAUUUUUAUGAACCUGUUCAUGUGAAAAAAUUGAAAAAUGUUAUAAAUAUAUUUGCUGGAUAUGAUCACAGUGCUUGUAUUAUAAAUUGUUUAUUAGAUAAGACUAAUAUGAAUGAUAUAAAUAAUAUAAAUAAUAUAAAUAAUAUUUAUCAUACAUAUGAUGAUAAUAAUUCUGAACAAUGUGGAGAUUUAUAUAUUUGGGGUAAUGCUGAAAGUGGAAAGGUUGGAUUAGGUGUAGAUUAUAUACAAGGAUGUAUAUUAUUACCUAGAAAAAUUAAUAUAAUAAAUAAAAUAUAUAAAUGUUCAUUAGGAAGUAGUCAUAGUUUAUUUUUAACAAAUAGUAAUGAAUUAUAUGUAUGUGGAAGUAAUAAUAAUUAUAGGUUAGGAUUAUCUGAAAAAAGUAAAAAGGGUUGUAAUAUUGUUAGUAUUCCAACUAAAGUUAUAUUACAUAAUAAUAUAUAUAUUAAAGAUAUAUUAGCAGGAAAUACAUAUAGUAUCAUAUUAUCAGUUGAUGGAUUUAUAUAUAUUUUUGGUGAGCUCAUAAAAAACAACAACAACAAUAAUAAUAAUAAUAAUUAUAAUAAUAAUAAUAAUGAUAAUAUAAUAUAUGAAAUACCAACUUUAUAUAACAAAAUUAAUAAUGUUAAAUUUAUAUAUGGUAAAUAUGAACAUGUUUUUUUUCUUACUUAUGAUAAUAAAUUAUUUGGUUUAGGUAAUAAUAAUAAUUGUCAAAUAUUAUGUAAUAAUGAUAAAGAAAAUAAUUAUAUAAAAAGUCCUAAAUUAAUUACAUAUUUUUUAAAAGAAAAUAAUAUUAUUGAAUCCGUUUUUUCUUUUCAAAAUGCUACAUUUAUUCAAUUCUAUAAUUCUGACAUAUUUGUAUGGGGAUAUACUAAUAAUUAUCAUUUAGGAAUUGGAAUAAAUAAUAAUCUAAAAUAUUUAAAACAUCCUACUAAAAUUAUAAAAACGUGGUUAACAUAUGAUGAAAAAGAUAUAGAUUAUAAUUCAGAAUCUAGUGAUAUCGAACUUAAUACAAAUAAUAUCCAUAAUAUUCAUUAUAAUAAUUAUAUAAAACAUUUUGAUGAAAUUAAUCUUGUUAAAAAAAAAAUUAAUAAAAAAGAACUCUUUCAAAAUGAUUAUACUUCUUUAUCUUAUUAUGAAGAACAAAUAGAAAAUUUUAUAUAUAAUAUUUUAAUAUUCAAUAAUAAUACUAUUAUUAAUUGGUGUUAUAUACAAAAUUUAUUAAAAAAAGAAGAAUAUAAUAAUAGUAUUGAAUAUAUCAAACAAUUUGAAAAAGACAUAAUUAAUUUAUAUUCAAAACAUAUAGAAUUCUUAUUAAAUUUAAAUAAAUAUGAAAAACAAUUUAAUUAUUUAUAUCUUAAUUAUCAAAAUUUUAUAUUAUCUAAUAUUGCUAAUAUGCAAGAACAACAUCUACCAACCAUUUUAUAUUCUUCAUCAUCUACUUAUAUAUUUGAUCAAAACAGAAGCAAAUUACAACAUUUCAUAUAUAUAAUUCAACAGCAACCCAUUUAUUUAAUAAUCUUAUGUUUAAUACAUAAUCAUAAACAUGUGAAAAAUUUUAAAAAUUUUAAAAAUUUUAAAAAUGUUUUAUAUGGAAAAAGAGAUUAUACCCAUCAUGAUAAUAGAAUUGAUAUAUAUCAUAAUAAUAUAAAUCACAAACAUGUGAAUAAUAAUUAUAAUAUUAUCAAUUCGAAUUAUAUUAAUCAUACAUAUAAUUAUGAUCAGAAUGAUACAUUACAAAACGAUAGUUCAAAAAAUAUAAAAAAUAAAUAUUCUUUUUAUAAAAAUAGUUCGAAUAUUUUAUGUUCUUUUAUUUUUGAUUUAUAUGCUGAUUUCAGAAAUGAAAGAGUACGAAAUAUUUUUACCAUUUUUUUAAUAAAAUUAGGUAUAGAAGAAAUAAAAAAUUCUUUAAAUGUUAAUUCUAUAUUCAAUAUUGAGACAUCCACAUUUUUUAUUCUUAUACAAAUGUUGUUCUUUAAAAAUGAAAUUCUAAUAAAUUUUUCUCAUUGUUUAAUAAAUUUAAAUAAUUCCUAUUCUUUUGUAACUUUAUUAAAUCAAAUGUCAAGGAAGGUUCAAAAAACGAACCCAUCAGUUAACCACCAAGAAAUAUCCUAUAACAAAAAUGUGGAUCACACAAAAAAAUAUAUCCAAACGAAUAGUAAUAUGUAUGGUUCGGGUCAUAACAAUGGGUUAUUAACAAUAAAUGAUGCAUAUAAUGAGCAUAUGAUGGUAAAUAAAAAUAUUCAUGUAAAGACUUCAAAUUAUAUGGAUCUCAAAAUGGAUGAAACACACAACAACAACAAUAAUAAUAAUAAUAAAAUUAAUAAUAAUAAUGAUGAUGGUGGUGGUGGUAAUAACAAUUUUGAUCAUAUAGAACACCAGUCUGGCCACCGACCAAAUAAAAAAAAAAAUGAUAAUGGUGAACCUAAUAUAACCACCUUUAUAGAUAAUCUAAAUGAUAACGAAAAAGAUAAAGAAUUUUCAAAUUUUAUUAAAGGCAAAACACAAAAUGAGUCAGAUAAAAAAAAAUUAUUUGUUAAUGACAUAUCGGGUUAUAAUUCAUCCAUACAAUAUGAUAUGCCUAAUAUAAAUAAUGAACAUGAAAAUAUAUAUCAAAAUAAUAUAGCACAAGAUUUACAAAAUGAUAAUCUACAUAAUAAUAAUGUGGAAAUAAAUUUUGUAUGUAUUUUUAAAGAAUUAUGUAAAAUAUUUAUGAAUAUAAAAUUUCCAGAUAUAUUUAAAAUGAUUAUAAAAGAAUUAUUUAAAUAUUUUAUUAUUUAUGAAAAAAAUAUUAAUGAUGAUAUUAAUCAAACAAAUAAAAUAUAUUUUUAUCAAAAUCAUCAUAUAAUAUAUAUACCUUUUUUUAAACUUAUACUUAUGGCAAUCAUAAAUCCAAUAUUAAAAAAUAUGGAAAAUAUUGCACACAAAUUUUGUUACCCUAUUAUAUUUCCUCACAUUUUAAAUAUACGUAAUAAAAUUUGUGAUUUCUUAGAAAUUUUAUAUUUAAAUAAAUAUGAAUCUUUAAAUGUAUAUAAUCUAAAUAUAAAUAUAUUAUCUAUUAAACAUAUAUUUGAACAGACAUUUAUAUCGUUCACUAAUGUUAUUAAUAAUAUUUGUAAUAUUAAUGAAGAUAUUUAUGUAAAUGCACACACAAUUUUAUUUAAUUAUCAUUUAAAUAGAAAUCCCUAUUAUAUACAAUUAAAGCUUUUCCAGGUGUGCCAUAUUUUUAAUUUAUUCUUCAGAUUUCAAAAUUAUCUAAUGCUUUCAUUUAAUGACCCUGCAAUAGAUAUAGUCAACUUUUUCUAUACAUACAAAAAUAACAUGCCAGAGCAAAAACAUAAUGAGGUUGUCAAUAAUUUGACGUUGGGCACAAACAAUAUGGAUAUGCAAGCAAAGGAGCACCAGAUGAAUGCAACAUGUAUGAUAAAGGGGGAUGCAAAUAUUCAAAGAGGAAAGGGUGGUUCCAAAAUUGUUAUAGAUGAAGAUAAGAAAAAAAUUAAAAGUAAAGGAAGAAAUGAGUCACUUUUAAGAAGAGAAAAAAAUGAUAAAUUAAAUGGUCGUUUUAAUAUGAAGGAAGGAGAAAAAAUGAUAAGUGUGAAUAAUACUACUAUUAGUGUGAAUAAUACUACUAUCAGUGUGAAUAAUACUACUAUCAGUGGUUAUACUUGUCAACCUAAUAUUUUGAAUAAUCCAACUUCUAUCAAUAUCAACAGUAAGCAUAAUAAUAAUAUGAAGAAAAAAAUGAAGAGAUUAAUUUUUAAUGAAGAUGAUAUUGAAUUUUUUAUAAAGUCCAAAUUAAUUUAUAAUAUUAAACUAGAUAUUCGAUUUUUAUUAAAAGAAAAAAAUAUGAGUAUUUGUGAAUUUACAAAAAUUCCUAUGCCUCAAUAUAUAUGCUACCGUAAAAAAACGUUAAUAGAAAAUAAUGAGUAUUUAUUUUCGAUUAUUCAUAAAUAUAAUUAUGAAAAAAAUAAUAUAUAUAUAAUAUCUGAAUGUUUAAAAAAUAGUCCUAUUUUAGAACAUUGUAUAGAUACAAACAAUUUAAUAUUAAAAUUAAAAUCAUUAAAAAUGAAUUACAUGUCUUUACAAGAUCAAAAAGAAAAUAACCUAAUACAUUUAAUUAAUAAAACUAUCGAUAUUUUUUUAUCUGAUGAAAUGAUCUAUUUCGAACUGUUAGAUGAAUUUCCAGAUAAUUUAUCUAUAUAUAAAUUUAAACAUCAACAAAUAAUACAAAAAUCUAAAAUGAAACAAAUUUAUUUUGAUUUGUUACAUAAUACAUAUGAUAAAGAUUCUUUUUUUCAAGUGAAAUGGAAAAAUAUUGCAUUACAGAUUUCAUUAAAUAUAUUAAGAAAAAAAAAACAUAUGAACUAUUUAAAAAAAUUAUAUGAAAAACAAGAAUAUAUUCAAGAUCUUAUUAUAAAUUAUCAACAUAAUAUCAAAAAAGAUAUUCUCACUUUAAAAAAGGCUAUUGUUUUUGUAUCCAAAUUAUAUAUUGAAAAACCCAUAUUAUUACAUUCAACAUAUUUUAAAAAAAAUAUUUUUUUUCUUGAAUUAAAAAAUAAAAAAAAAACAUAUUUCAAAAAAUUUUUUAAAUUACCAUAUAAUUCAUCCACAGUACAUGUAUACCAAAUACUAUAUCUAAUCAAUAAUAAUAUUCUCGUAAAUAUACAUGAAACAUUAUAUACACUUAUUAAUUAUUUAUCUAUUGAAAUUUUUUUUGAUUUAAAUAAUAUUAUUAAAUUCACUUUAAUAUUAACAAAAGAUCAAAAAAAUAAUGUAAUCAAUCAACAUACAUUUACAGCUGCAGAAAUUUAUUCUAUGUAUAAUUCAUCACCUUAUAUAUUAUAUCCUUUUUUUAAAUAUAAUAAAACAUAUUUGUGUUCAAUUACAGGUUUUCAUUUUAUGCAUUUGCUUCACAAUUUUGUGAUAGACCUAUACUGA